UGUGGAUUAAUGAGUUCAUAUUAUUUUAUUUUCUCCCUGAGAUUAUUGGCUCAUAAUAUCUUAAAAUAAGAAAACACCCUGUCUGCUUGCCUCGGUCAUGGAGAACCAAGCAGCCGAGGCGCAGCUGAGCUAUGAAGAUGUGCAGAAGAGCGGCUAUCUCCGCAAGCACAAAUCAAUGCACCGGCGCUUCUUCGUGCUGAGGGCGGCCUCGGAGCACGGUCCCGCUCGGCUCGAAUAUUACGAGAACGAGAAGAAAUUCCGCAGUAAAUCACCCGUGCCCAAAAAAGUGCUGAACCUGGAGACCUGCUUCAACAUCAACAAGCGGGCAGACUCAAAGAACAAGCACAUGAUCGUGCUGUACACCCGCAGCGAGAGCUUCGCUGUGGCUGCGGACAGCGAGGAGGCGCAGAACGAGUGGUACCAAGCCAUGCUGGACCUUCAGUGCAACUGUAAAACUCCUGAAGAUUAUGGCAGUAGUGGGGAGUGUAGCUCUCCGUCUCCCAUACCAACUUUCAAGGAAGUGUGGCAGGUCAAGGUUUGGCCUAAAGGUCUUGGACAUGCCAGGAACUUAGUGGGCAUCUACCGGCUGUGCCUAACUGACAAAACAGUCAACUUUGUCAAAAUUAACUCUGAUGUAGCUUCUGUGGUGUUGCAACUGAUGAAUGUCCGCAGAUGUGGCCAUUCAGAGAACUUUUUCUUCAUUGAGGUGGGUCGCUCAGCGAUUACUGGUCCAGGAGAGUUCUGGAUGCAGGUGGACGACUCAGUAGUGGCUCAGAACAUGCACGAGACCCUGCUGGAGGCCAUGAAAGCCCUGAGUGAGGAGUUCCGUCAGCGCAGUAAAUCUCAGUCUGUGGGAACAUCAUGUGGAGGCGGUACUGCCUCGAACCCCAUUAGUGUCCCAAGCCGUCGCCAUCAUCCAAAUCUGCCGCCAAGCCAGGUGGGCUUCACCAGACGAGCUCGCACAGAAACACCUGGAACUGGAGGAAGCAGCACGAGCACUUCACCGACGUCACGCCAUGGCUUUCCAAGGGCACGGACGGCCAGCAUUGGGGCCAGGUCUGAGGAGGGCGGAGCAAGUGCCAGAGGGACAUGGGCCAGCUCCAGUCCAAGUCUUAAUGGAUCCUGCUCAACUACGCCAACGCUGAGACCCAAACCCACCAGGGCUCCAACUCCUGCUAAGAUUACACUCAGCCUUGCUCGUUACACACCUAACCCUGCUCCCUCUCCUGCACCUAGUCUGUCCUCCAGUUCUGGUCAUGGCUCAGAGUGUGGCCUAGUGGGGGCAGCAGUUGGAGGAAUGAUGGUCUGCUCUUACCCUCGUGUUUCUCAGAGAGUUUCUGUUUCAGGUUCACCAAGUGACUAUGGGUCUUCAGAUGAGUACGGUUCAAGUCCCGGGGAACACUCCCUGCUUGUACCAAGUCUGUCUGGACACCAUGCACAUGGAGAAGGCUCCUCCAGCUAUAUAGUCAUGGGACAGCGAGAGGGUCUCCUUGGUUCCCAUCAUCGCUCCAAAGGCAGACGGAUUAUGCGGCGGGCGUCUAGUCGGGAAUCUGAAGCAGAGCGCAGACUAUUAAGUAAGAGGGCUUCCCUGCCUUUGGCAGCCCAUGAGCAACUGACCCCACAUAGAAAAGAUGAAGAUGAUGAGGACGAUGAAGAAUAUGCCAUCAUGUCACAGAAUACUAACAGGGAGAUUGGUAAGAAUAGGACAGUUGAAAAAAGCAGGACAGAAGUGGCUGCAGGAGCAGCUGUGGACACUGGUUACAUGUCAAUGCUGCCUGGAGUGACAUCUCCUCCUGUUUCACUUCCUCUGUCAAUAGGUAUGUCCGAUACCGCAGCCAAACCUGGGGCAGAUGAUGAGUACAUGGCCAUGACCCCUAACAACAGUGUUUCCCCUCCUCAGCACAUCCGUCAGCCCAGUACAGAGGGCUAUAUGGUCAUGUCUCCCAACAGCAGCAGCUCCACAGACCUGCAUCGUCUGGGCAUGUGGGACAGCAGGGCCAGUAUAGAGAGUCGGGCUGCUAGUGACUACAUGAACAUCUCACCUGUCAGCAGUCGCUCCGCCUGCAGCACACCACCCUCCCACCCCGAGCAGCACCAGCUGCAACCAAAAAUGUUCAAUUCUUACUUCUCCCUGCCACGAGCUUAUCAGCACACUCUCUACACCCGCUUUGAGGAGGACUUCAACAAAGGGGAGGGAAAAAAGGACAGCAGUGGGGAUGAUGGUGCUGGAAGGGGAGGGGGAGUGGUAUACAGCAAGAGGAACAAAAUUGCAGCGGGCUCUGCAGGAGGCUGCCAACUCUCCAUGUCUUCCUCUUCUUUCUCCUCCAGCUCAGCAAGUAGUGAAAGCCUAGAAGACAAGUCCAUAUCAGCAGGGAGAGGGUUAAGUUUAUUAAGAACUGGCGCAGAUUAUAAGAGUGCAGGAAUGUCCACAAAAGAUGGACGCCACCAUCAGAAACGUGGAUCGAGCAGUAAGAGCCCAAAGCAGCAGAGAAAGGGUCGUCCCCUCAGCAUGUCUGCAGACAUCACGAAAGCUAACACCUUGCCCAGGGUGAAGGAGAAUCUGCCGUCAUCCGUGUCUCAAAAUGUUGGUGAGUAUGUCAGUAUUGUGUUCGAAGAUGAUAAGUACAAUGGAGGACGACGUGCUGGGUCUCAACAUGGACAACCAGUGAUCCAUGGAACUCUACGGCCCUUGAAUCAAUCACAUCUCUGCCACAGCGAUCCCAAUAACCUUCCUCGCAGCUUCUCUGUACCACUGUCCACCUCUGCAGAAUACGUCAGCAUGGAUUUAGGGAAGUCUGCAACACCCCUGACUCCUGUUAGGUCCAAAUUCAGCACCCCACAGGGCCCACCAGCUGUUAUUCCCAAGGCCCAACACGAACACAGCACAUCUUCUCCACUAGCAGCAGAGGGUAACACUGGGUACAGAACAAAAGUAAAGAUGGCAGCAAUACCAACAGACGCCUCGGCUGAAUUUACAGACAACAAAGGUUCAGAUCCCAGCAUCUCAGCAAGAUCUGCCGUCCACUCUGCUCAACCCUCAUCUGCAGAGCAGCAGACAGGUUUGGGAUUUUCUCCAGUCAAGUCCUUCCAGUCUCCUGAGCGAAAAAGCAGACUGGUCCGAGGUGACCAGCCGGGACGGCGCAGCCACCGCUCAGAGACUUUUAACUCACCUCCCUCCUUGCCACGCCACCCUCCCUCCUCUACCUCCCUCUUCACAGAGGGCAGCCAGGCAGAAAGCCAUCGGCACGGCUUGGACUGCUCACUGUGGGAGAACGAGCAGUCUGCUGGUUUGUCUGCUACACCUCCACCACAAGCCUCCACCUCAUCUAGUGAACAAGGCCUUAACUACAUUGACCUUGACUUAGCCAUUAAGGAGAGUCCUCAAGCUGGAGUGGAACGCACCUCUGCUACCUACAACAUCGGAGGAAGCGCUAUGGGUAGCAGUGCUGCCUCCGGCCUCAACACGUAUGCCAGUAUUGAUUUCUACAAGUCAGAAGAACUGAGAGCACACCAGAGCAGUAGGAAGGAUGGACAAGAUUGUUGAUCUUUGUUCUUGUCUUGGAUGCGAGUGUGACGCCAGUGUGACAGCUCCACACUCUGGACUCUGGAGUCGAACUACGGGACACGCAUCCUCAUCCCUUCUGCUGUUUCCUGUCAACCAAAUGUGUGCCAAACACACACUCACUCACACACACACAUGCAAACUAAGGGAAGUGUUUUGUUAUUUUGAAUUAAACAUGACAUUUGAUCAUAAUUUAACUUAAAAUGGACAAAGGAUGUGACUGUGAUUGUUCUCAGGUGUCCAUGAUGCCGAUCAUGGAGGCCACAUCCCAUCACAGCUUUCUACCAACAAUCAUCCAGCAAAGGUCACAAGGCUUUCAGGCAAUCACAUGAGACAAAAAUGUCCAUCUGUGACUCUUCCUUUCAAACACACUUAUUUAAGUGCAUGAGUUUGUUUGUUUGUUUUAUUUCUCAUCACUCAAAACAUCAGUUAGCAUGUUGACAUCAGUUUAAUCUGAGAUUGGAUUACUGGCUCCGAUUACGUUGCCAUUGAUACCACAUCACAUCAUCCUUUGUCUAAAUUCAGAGUUAAAUACUCAUCGGGUUCCAUCUGGCUGAGGUUUCAUACACUCACCGUCUCUGUAAACAUAAUUGAUUUGAGAUAUACAGUUGCCAAAAAGCCUUUAUACUUCUUGGCCACUUCUACUCUUUUACUGCUAUUUACUGCUGUUCAUUUCUGAGGUGCAGGUUGUGGAAAUGGAAAUUUAAUCCAUUGCACCUUUUUUAUUUUAUUUUAACACAGGAGGAAAAUCCCAUGCAGCAAUAGUUACAAUAGGGGUGUAAACUUGAACAAAUCGGCCAUAAUCUGAUUAUAUUUUAACUGCCAGAGCUGCAGCUGAAGGAUGGGUGAUUGCUUUAUUAUGAUCUCUGAAAACAGUUAUGUUGUAAGUCAUCACAUGUUAUGUCGUAAAUUUCUUUGCCAUAAGCUCCAGCCAAUUAUACAGUUACUGUCCUGUCAUUUUAUGUGGCUGAUAUUCAAAUGAAGGCAGUAGACUGGAGAAGGUCCAGUCACACAGUGCAUCCUUGUUCCAUGAUGGAUCGUUUCUGGUGGUUUAAUGAGAGGCACGCAGUAGGAAUCCUGUCCUUGUUAAGAUGAAUUCUCUUCUUAAACAAAAAAUAAAUAAACGGAUCACCUUUAUCCCAAAAUGCAAGUGGCCAUAUUUACAUAAACAGUGACAUUUAAAACAGUCAGUCGCUGCAGCUAUAACAAGUAAGCAAACGCAUAUCGUUAAAAUAUGUAUAUGCAUAAAAAGCUGCAGCUUCAAUGCAAUACAACUGCAUUGUAGGGGAAAUUAUUCUU